ACACACGAACUAAACUCUUCGAUUUCUUCUCGUUGCUGGUCAGGGCUCAUUGACAAUCGAAUCAAACUUUGGAAUGUCUUCCAAGUCGUUUCUGAUUCUAACACUCUUUAUUGCUAUUUCUAAAUUGGAAGCACUCAUUUGCUACGAGAAAAAUUUAGGCGGAGAAGGUGUUAAAACAUCGGACAAAAUAGCUGCUUGCCUGUCGUUUUUCCAUGCUGAAUCUCGCGUGGCAUCGUUCGGUUGGAAGAUGUCGAAAAUCACUGAAAAAUUGAACAAGGAAAGCCAAAACAAAGAAAAAUAUUGUGAACAAGUUAUCGACAACACAUUGGGAGAAGAGGGAAUUUUGUGUUUGUGCUUUACCAAUUUUUGCAAUACCCCAAUUACAUUCGACGAGUUUGAAAGCCAAAAAGUUUCACUCAAAAAAAUUGAAUAAGCCAACAACACGGUCUGACAAAUGCUACUUGAAUAACUUCAAUAGCCUCUACCUCAUUAUUUUUUUCCAAUAGAAUAGUUGAUAGGAUCUGUUUUCAUUUGCUUCUUGUGUCAAAUAAAUUUUUAUAUU